AUGAGUGAGGAAUACAAUGAACCCCCUGCGGAGGACGAUGGCUGCGGAGCCGGACCUGGCGCACCGACGCCCCUCUCGGCGCUGGAGGGUAUUGCCGGCUUGACGAAGCGAGAUAUCCAGCUUGUCGUUGAUGGAGGUUUCAACACGGUCGAAUCAGUCGCCUAUACGCCGCGGAGAAUGCUGGAGCAGAUCAAAGGAAUUUCGGAGCAAAAGGCCACCAAGAUCUUGGGCGAAGCCUCGAAGCUGGUACCCAUGGGCUUUACAACGGCAACCGAGAUGCACCAACGGAGGAGCGAGCUCAUAUCCAUAACGACCGGAUCCAAGAACCUCGAUACGCUACUCGCCGGAGGAGUUGAGACUGGCUCCGUCACGGAGCUCUUUGGCGAGUUUAGAACCGGCAAGAGUCAGAUUUGCCACACGCUGGCCGUGACCUGCCAGCUGCCUUUUGACAUGGGGGGUGGCGAGGGGAAGUGUCUGUACAUCGACACCGAAGGAACCUUCCGACCCGUCAGGCUCCUCGCCGUCGCCAACCGAUUUGGUCUCUCGGGCGAAGAAGUUCUCGACAACGUCGCCUACGCUCGUGCGUACAACUCUGACCAUCAACUUCAGCUGCUCAACCAAGCGGCCGCCAUGAUGUGCGAGACCCGCUUCUCCCUCCUCAUUGUAGACAGCGCCACGGCCCUGUACCGUACCGACUUUUGCGGCCGUGGAGAGCUGUCAAACAGGCAGACCCAUUUGGCCAAGUUUAUGAGGACCCUGCAGCGUCUGGCAGACGAGUUCGGCAUCGCCGUCGUCAUUUCGAACCAAGUCGUUGCCCAGGUCGACGGCGGGCCAAGCGCCAUGUUCAACCCGGAUCCGAAGAAGCCGAUCGGUGGCAAUAUCAUCGCCCACGCCAGCACCACUCGAAUCAGCCUGAAGAAGGGUCGUGGGGAGACGCGGAUUGCCAAGAUUUACGACAGCCCGUGUCUGCCGGAAAGUGAUACCUUGUUUGCCAUCAACGAGGACGGCAUCGGCGACCCUGCACCGAAGGACAUGGAGAAGGACUAG